CUUUUGGUAAAGGUGAACCAGGCAUCAGUGUCCCGCGUUCAUAAAUUGACGAUGAACCUUAUCGCGGAUUCGGAUUGUGGGUUGUAGCGCGACGAGCAAACAGCAAAGGCAGAGAGCCUCACGGACAGCGGAGACUUAAAGUUUCGCCAGGAUGGACAUUGACUCCGCAGACGCGUCCGGACCCGGGAAGGAGCGGACGAUGGGGCUGUGUUAGCUCUGCUGUCGGCGCCUUAAGUGCGGAUUGGCUUCUCCUCCUUUUCGCUAACAGCUUUGCGCACUGCUUAUUCUAGACGCAUUUUAUGUAACUUUAAAUCGCUAAGCAAAGUCUGAUGGGAGCGGUGGAUUCCGCUGCACCUCCAGAGGAGAAGUUUAGCCUCAGCGGAGUUUCCUCAUCAUCAGCAUCAUCGUCGUCAUCAUCAGCGGUACCGACUUCUUCAUCAUAACCAGCUGCUGCAUCUCUCAGCUUCGAACUGGUGCGAGGAUGAACAUCCAAGUCCUGUCAGACCACAAACUCUCAUCUGUCGCCCCUUUGAAGCCGUACAGUAAUGUGGAAAAGAAGCAAGUGGAGUUGAUCCUGGUGAAGGACCAGAAUGGAGUCCAGUACACCAGCACUUCCAUCAUCGGUGCCCCCGGCGCCCACGUCUGUCCGUCGGGCUCCCUGAGUGAGGAAGAGCGUGAGACCUGGGGCAAGAAAAUAGACUUUCUGUUGUCUGUCAUUGGCUUUGCAGUGGACUUGGCGAACGUGUGGAGGUUCCCUUAUUUAUGCUACAAAAACGGAGGAGGAGCCUUCCUGAUCCCCUACACUCUCUUUCUGCUUAUUGCUGGGAUGCCUCUGUUUUACAUGGAACUGGCUUUGGGACAGUACAACAGGGAGGGGGCUGCCACGGUCUGGAAGAUCUGUCCUGUCUUCAAAGGCGUGGGCUACACUGUGAUAGUCAUCGCGCUCUACGUGGGCUUCUACUACAAUGUCAUCAUAGCCUGGUCCUUGUACUACCUGUUCUCCUCAUUCACCAAGGAGCUACCAUGGCUCAGCUGUGGGAACAGCUGGAACAGCCCCAACUGCACCAUCACCCAGCAGGCCAACAGCUCCUGCCUGGGCAAUGUCACCAUGUAUUCCAAGUGCAAGAACACCCCUGCCGCUGAGUUCUAUGAGCGCGGCGUGCUGCACCUUCACGAGAGCGAUGGCAUCCAUGACCUGGGCCUGCCUCGCUGGCAGCUGACGCUCUGCCUCGUGGUGGUGGUCUUCAUCCUCUACUUUAGCCUGUGGAAGGGGGUCAAGUCCUCAGGCAAGGUGGUGUACAUCACAGCCACGAUGCCCUACGUGGUGCUGUUCGUGCUUCUGAUCCGCGGUAUCACCCUGCCAGGCGCUAUGGACGGUAUCCGGGCAUACCUCCACAUCGACUUCAAGCAGCUCAACAACGCUACGGUCUGGAUAGAUGCGGCGACCCAGAUCUUUUUCUCCCUGGGAGCAGGAUUCGGGGUGCUGAUCGCAUUUGCCAGCUACAAUAAAUUUGAUAAUAACUGCUACAGGGAUGCUAUCAUGACCAGCACGAUUAACUGCGUCACCAGCUUUUUCUCAGGGUUCGCUAUAUUCUCCGUACUGGGUUACAUGGCCCAUAAGCACAAGGUGAAGAUCGAGGAAGUAGCCACUGAUGGAGCCGGACUGGUGUUCAUUAUCUACCCCGAAGCCAUCUCAACCCUCCCAGGCUCCACAUUCUGGGCUGUAGUCUUCUUCAUCAUGCUCCUGACACUUGGUAUCGACAGCUCUAUGGGUGGGAUGGAAGCCGUCAUUACGGGCCUCACAGACGAUUUCAAGUUCCUCAAAAGGAACAGGAAACUCUUCACCUUCGCCACAGCAUUUGGAACAUUCCUGGUUGCCCUGUUUUGCAUCACCAACGGUGGGAUCUAUGUGCUAACCCUACUGGACACAUACGCUGCGGGAACAUCCAUCCUCUUUGGGGUGCUGAUAGAGGCCAUUGGGGUUUCCUGGUUUUAUGGUGUGGACAGAUUCAGUGAGGACAUCCAGCGUAUGAUGGGUUUCAAACCUGGUCUUUACUGGAGACUAUGCUGGAAGUUUGUUAGCCCAGUCUUUCUGCUGUUUGUGGUGGUUGCUAGCAUUGUGACUGCCCCUGGUCUGAAAUACGACGAAUAUAUAUUUCCACGAUGGUCCAACGUGGUUGGCUGGGGAAUAGCGAUGUCAUCGAUGCUCUUUGUGCCUGCUUAUGCCAUCUACAAGUUCCUCAGCAUGCCAGGAACAGUCAAAGAGAGGAUGGCUUACUGUCUGACACCUGAGCAUGAACAUCAUCUAGUGGCUGAAGGCAGCGUCCGGCAAUUCAAGCUAAAACACUGGUUGGCCAUUUGACUCGGAGACAGCAUAGCUACGGAUAAGCCUGUUGGGACGUUGAAGAUGUGUUGAUUCUGCAGCCUGUGGGAGCACUUUCCCAGGGACGGCGAUGGGUGGCCGUUCACGCAGAGCUGCGCUUCAAUACUGCCUCAUUGCCCCAAAAGUGACACCAUUCCUCAGUCCACAGAUGACUAAGGUGUGGGAUAAGCUUUAAGAGGAACUGUCCAUUUUUGUUUUAUGCUUUUAUAUAUAUAUUUUUUUUUUUUGCUAAAAGUUUUAGUUGUGUAACGUGAUUGUGGUCAAUACAAAAUGUAGACCAAAUCAAUAGUACUUCUCAGAGGUGUUCAUUAAAUGUGAAAACAAUCACCCUCCAUUCAUCUUCAUUUUUCAGUCUACUGACAGCCCUACUUUAAGGUAGACGGUAAAUGGAACUAUCUGUUGGCGUUAUUAUUAACAUUAUUAUUAUUAUUAUUAUUAUUGUUAUUAUUAUUAUUAUUAUUAUUAUUAUUAUUAUUAUUAUUUACAUAGUUAUCUGCUGAAUGAAGAUGGGACCUAAGCAAGAUGGGACCUAAGCAAUGUGCCAUUCUGUAGCGUUAGGUAAUGCAUGGAAGACGGUGGCAGUGUGUUUGAUUGAUUUCAGGAAAGUCUGGCUUAGUUCCUGUGGUGAUGAGGUCCUGAGGUUCACUCCCAUUAACAUCAUUCUGUGUUUGGGUAGCAGGACACCCUCAUUGGCCCAAACUACAUUUGUUUUAGUAAGUUUUGAAGGUGAUAACUGGGGCUAAUACACAGGAAAGUUGAACAUGGAAGUCUGUACGACCUUUUGCCUUCUCCGUGCCCUGUUCGCUGACUAGAAUCUACUUUCCUGUUCCUUUGUACGUACUGCAAUCUACAAGGAGAGCUUCGCUGAGCAUCUCUGUUCUCCUUUCUCUCUUGAAAAGAGAACAAUUUGACUGCAACAGUGCCUUAUCAAGCAAAACACAAAAAGAAAUCUUGCAAACUCCCCAAUAUUUUGUUCUCUAUUUGACAAUUCUUUAGGGAAUUCAAAAAAGUCUUUAUUCCUAGUAGUGCAGGUACCUUUUUUUCUGUAGAGUCAUGAUAGGAAGACAUCCUCUCUCCUGUCAAAACAGAUGUCAGAUUUUGUUGAUUAAAGUCUAUUCUAUUCACAGUGAGACCGAGAGUGAGAUGUAUCAUCAGUUCAUAUGUCAUUCAGUCGUCAACUGGAGCCCCAGGUACUACGUUAAAAGAGAAACUAAACUAAUUUCUCUUUUUCCGCGGGGGAGUUCCAAGAGAAACUGAUGUUCAGAUGAUUUCAUAGCUGUCAGGUGGAUGUUUUAUUUAAUAUCCUAUGCCAAGAGAAGUGAAGGCUUCCAUCUAGUUCCAUAUUAAGGCAACGCAAGCUUCCACUCAGUAGUACAGUUCUGGGGAUAGCAGAAACAUGAUGUGUCCAUUGUUUGAACUGCUGCAGCUGCCAGAGUGUUUGGUUCUGAUAAAACACAGCAGAGGUACCAGUUUUAAGCUGAAUGCUUGCAUGCAUUUUUGUAUUCCCAACUUCCAUAAUUACCAAGUACACCCAAAUAUUUUUUAUCUACGGCUUUUCUCUUGCUUAAAUGUGCAUCUUUGAAGGCCAAAUUUCCAAAAGUCAGUCAGGCCAUGGGACAUGUUUUCGAGAACAUUUCUGUGGACUUUUUCUGUGUGUUUUAGAAAUUUAACAAGAGUUCUUCAUUGGGUUACACGAGGAUUGAGUGAGGUUUGGUUGCCAAGACUGUAACAUAUGAUGUGGUAACCUGACUGUAGCAGACUCAUCUCAAAAACAUCAAAAAAUGGACUGUGCAACUUUUGGAAAUUUGCUCUUCAGUUGGUAAAAGAAGAAAUUUCUCAUUUGCAAAGUGGCCCAAAACAAAUUCCGUUUGUUGCCCAGUGAAAGUCAAGUUUAUAUCAUUUCGCAAUUUCAGGGCUUUUUCCCAGUGCUACAUACUUCUGACACCAGUUCAAUUCAUUACACUGAUCUUUAGCACUGGAAUGAGAUGGCCAAGGGUUCGAGUUCCUUCUGGAACAUGCUUCUUCUUUUUAACUGACUGUUUGAAACCUGAAUUGUAUCUGUUGUAUAUGGUUGCUAAUCACUGUGAACUGUUCAGACUGAUAGGGAAACUGCCUUGUUAGUAACACAUUAUGAUACCAUAAAACACAAAUUCUACAGCUUUUUUACCGAUAUAACCAUUGCAUUACAUUUUCUUUAUAUUCCAGCUGUAUUACCUCCAAAUGUUACUGCCUUGUCGUUCUGCUUUAUGUUGAAAACGUACUUUUCCUCCAAAGACAACACUUGUAUAGGAGCGGUUGUGUGGACAGGUUUUACCGUUUUGUGGGGACCAAUUUUUCUGUGUAGUGACAUAGCAAAGUAUGAGAACGCAUUCAUUAUUGGCAUGAGUAUUUUUUUUUGAGAACAAAGAAAAUGCAGUGUUUACCGAUUUCCAUCUCUCACCGAAAGUUUGGAGUUAGGGACCCUUCAUUUCUUUCAAACAGCAAUCCCCACCUAACAUAUAUCUGUGUGUGAGUGAAUGUAGCUGAAAUUAUUGUCAUCAAACCAUCUUGCGUGAGCCCUUAUCCAGGCUGCGAUCUGAGGGUGAGAGCGAGCCUGGCACUCACAGGAAGUUAAGGGCACAGGGUGAGGUAUCUGCAAGGGAUUCAUCACACUUACCGUGCAGGACUGUCACAUUCUUUAUUUUUUAUUGAAAAAAAGAGGAGAAAAAAAAACUUCACAACAAACAAAAAAAAAUAAGCCGUUUUAAUUCCCUACUUUGAUCCAUGGAAGUUUUCGUUUUAUUAAAAUAUUAAACUUAAAGAAACUCCUCUCACUAGAUACUGUACAAUACAACACAAGCCACACAUAUUUUACAUGGCAAAUACAUGUGUGUUCAGAGUUACAGAUAUAUACAAACAAAUAUAAAAUAUAUUCUUUUGUUAUAUAAUAUAUAUAAUCUUGUAUUUAUCAAAUUGUUUAUAACAAAACGUGAAUGUAAAGCAUUUUAAAUGUAAAAGUCUACUGUUAUAUCAUGGUGUUUGGUGUAGAUGAGACAAAGUAUUAAAAAAAAUGUACCUUCACUGUAUCCUGGGGCCACGCUGACACAAAUGUUGAAAUAAACCCCAGGAUUACAGAGCUAUGUUUACAGAAUGUUGUGUACUAUACAAAGUCCUGUUGAAAGUGAGUGAAAAUGAUCUAUACAGAAGUCAAAAUAUGCACACUAUGUCAAUAAAGAGUUUUCUCAUCCA